AUGUCCUACAACAGGAGAUACAAGCCCAACCCUGCAAACGAGCUAGGAAUUGGUGCGGGUAUCAGUCCGUCACUCAAGCGGAAAAGACUUCACGAGGACCCAUCACAAAAACUUUGCAAACCCUUCAAAAGUCCCAUUGUGAUUUCCUCUGCUGUUUCUGCCGUGGGUAGGGAGAUCCGUCAGGCUCGUGUGAACGGCCCAAAGUCGUACUUAGAGCUUGGACAGGAAAAUAUACCCGUUGGUGUGGGAAAGGGAGACGACGAGGCCUACGGGCUCAAUAAGAAGAAAGGUGCUCUGUUGCCCCGAAAUGUGCUAAACUCCAUCGACCAAACAAAUCGGGUUCUCACCCGCAAGUUCAGAGCUCCAGUGAAAAUAGGCGCCGAGAAUGAGUUUGAGAUGAUGAAUACUCAGCCGCCUCCCCCAUUGGGCAACAGGAAACGGAUCUAUUUCCCUCCAAAGCCUCUCCAUGAUCCACUAGGAGAAUAUGCUAUUGUUCUCUAUGACCCCACCGUUGACGUGAUUCCUGGCAUGAAAGAGGAGGAAGAGGCUGCCAUUGCUGCUGCGAAGGCGGCCGCCGAGAAUGAACCCGUCAAGCCUGCUAAAUCUGCUCACAAGUCACUGAACGAGAUAUUGGGGAUCAACACACGUCCCGAGGAUGAGGUCCUGAAACAGUUCCCGAACGUUCCCGUGGUGAUCGAUCCACGUCUAGCCAAGAUUCUUCGACCACAUCAAGUUGCUGGAGUCAAGUUUUUAUACCGCUGUACUGCAGGACUGGUGGAUCCUCGCGCAAAAGGUUGCAUCAUGGCCGACGAGAUGGGCCUCGGGAAAACGCUCCAAUGCCUCACACUGAUGUGGACUCUACUGAGACAGGGUCCAAGGGGCAAGAAAACGAUAGAUAAAUGCGUCAUUGUUUGUCCAUCAUCGCUUGUGAAAAAUUGGGCAAACGAGAUAGACAAAUGGCUUGGGAAAGGUGUACUGAACUCGUUGGCUAUGGACGGAAAAGGGUCAAAGGGUGCAGGAGACAUGGCCGAGACUUUGAGACAGUGGGCCAGAGCACAAGGAAGAUCCAUUGUCAGACCAGUCCUGAUCAUCAGUUACGAGACUCUCAGAAGAAACGUCGAAAACCUGGAAGGAACAGAAAUCGGUCUCAUAUUGGCAGAUGAAGGUCAUCGGUUGAAAAACGGUGACUCCUUGACAUUUACAGCACUGAACUCGCUAAAUUGCGAACGGAGAGUCAUUUUGUCCGGUACUCCAAUUCAGAAUGACUUAUCCGAGUAUUUCUCCUUAUUGAAUUUCUCCAAUCCUGGAGUGCUUGGAUCGCGUGCCCAGUUUCGUAAAAACUACGAACUUGACAUUUUGAGAGGUAGAGACUCGCUUGCUACCGAAGAAGAGCGCAAAAAGGGAGAUGCCAAAUUGCAGGAACUGACUGAGCUUGUGUCCCGAUUCAUCAUCAGAAGAACAAACGAUAUUUUGUCAAAGUACUUGCCUGUCAAGUACGAAUACGUUGUUUUCUGUAACCUGAGCGAGUUCCAGCUGAAGUUGUACCAGCACUUUGUUACCUCUCCGGACAUCAAAAAGCUUUUAAGAGGGUUGGGAUCACAACCAUUAAAAGCUAUUGGAUUAUUGAGAAAGCUUUGCACCCACCCACGUUUACUUGAUUUGCCAAGUGACAUAAGUGGAAGCGAAAACUUAAUUCCAAGUGACUACGACUUUGGUGGGGGACGGAACAAAGACGUCCAAACAUGGUACAGUGGUAAAUUUGCCAUGUUGGAGCGGUUCCUGUUCAAGAUCCGCAAGGAAACCAACGACAAAAUAGUUCUGAUUUCCAACUUCACGCAGACUUUAGACUUGAUUGAGAAGAUGUGUCGUCAUCACAGAUUCGGCACUCUCAGACUUGACGGAACGUUGGGUAUUAAUAAACGUCAAAGACUGGUGGACAAGUUUAAUGAUCCAGACGGAGACGAAUUCAUCUUCUUACUCAGUUCGAAAGCUGGCGGAUGCGGUAUCAAUCUGAUUGGAGCAAACAGACUGAUCUUGCUGGAUCCCGACUGGAACCCAGCCAGUGACCAACAAGCAUUGGCCCGUGUCUGGAGAGAUGGCCAGAAGAAAAAUUGCUUUAUUUAUCGAUUCAUUGCUACGGGAACUAUUGAAGAGAAGAUUUUCCAGCGUCAAUCGGCCAAAAUGGAGUUAUCCUCGUGUGUGGUGGACUCCAAUGAAGACGUGGAAAGACAGUUCUCCAGCGACAACCUGAAGAAAUUGUUUUUGUUCAAUUCAGAAACUGCCUGCGAAACGCACGACACCUACGAGUGUAAGAGAUGUCAAGACGGCAAGCAGAAGAUCAAAUCGUCGGCCAUGCUUUAUGGUGACGCCACUUCGUGGAACCAUAUUAACCGUGACGAAUUGGCAAAGAACGACGAUUUCUUGAUGCAGAACGAGUCUCAGUUCGACUCUGUGAGUUAUGCGUUCGAGUACAUUUCUCACUAA